AUGAGUAAUUAAAAUUAGCUAGAUGCUUAAAUAACUGAAGAAAUGGUUAAUUACUUUAACAUAAGAACAGCUGAGCAUAUUAAUAGAGUUAAAAAUAACAUGAUUUUAAUGGAAGGAUACUAAAACUUGGACAUUUAAAGUUUAAUAAAAAGAGGAGAAAUACAUGAUCAAAGCAAACUAGCUGAACCUGAAAGAUAAGGUUAUAUUUGGCUCACUUGGUGGCACUACUGCAAAAAGCAAGGAAUAAACUUUGAUUAUCCUGAAGGUGCAUAAGAUCUAGUAUAAUUAUCAGUAGAUCAUCAUCUAAAAUCAAAUCUUCACCAUCCUGAAUGCCAUCAGAAAAGUAAUGAUAUGAGCUGGCUUGAUAUAGUAGAAAUGGUCUGCGAUUGGACUGCGAUGAGCUAAGAAUAUAAUUAAGGAAGUUGUCUAAGCUAUGUACAACAGAAUAUUCAAAAGUGGCAUUUCAAUGAAUAAAAAACGAAAGAUAUAUUUGACACAAUAUCAGAAAUAGAUAAAAGAUUAUAAAAAAAUAUCUGA